GACUGUAAUUUGCUGAUUACGGCAACACACACAUAUCGUCAUUGACGCAAGACCUCAUAGUGCUUGGUGACCAUCUAGGCCAGUCCACAUUGGCAGUGUCGUCGGUUCAACGGCACCGCCGGAGUCCACCUAGAGCUACGACGUGUCCAUCUGUCUGUGUACUGCCAAAAGGAGCCCUCAUCAAGAUGUCGGCAGUAGCACAGCUGGAAGCUGGCUUGAAUGCCAUGCUCAAUCUCAAGCCCCCUGGGGUUACCGGUUCCUAUAUCAAAAACUUGACCGCACUCUGCGUUGACAACGUUCAGUCCGAAUCGGUCCUCAUCCAGAAGAUAUAUACUCACUUCAAGAAGACUCCCGGAACCCACAAGUUAGGCGUGCUUUACGUCGUAGACUCUGUAACCCGCAGGUGGAUUGAUAUGGCCAAGCAACAAGGUCAAGCAAUCAAUAGUUCUGCGCCAGAUGGGACCUUCGCUGCUGGUGUGCAUAGAGUAACGGAGCUGCUUCCCGUCUUGAUGAAUGACAUCCUACAAUCCGCCCCCAAAGAACAAAAGGAGAAAUUAAGGAAGCUCGUUGAUAUCUGGGAAAAAGGACAGUCAUUCCCUCUAUCAAUGAUCGAGACGUUCAAGCAGAAGCUCAACUCACCUGAAAUCAAAAAUGUAUCUACGACACCAGUCGGCAGUCCGCCUCCUGGUCCCGGUCUGCCCGGCCUGCCCGGCUCCAAUGGAAUGGUCGAAGCUAAAGCACCGACCACGGAAGCCCCCAAUGCCAUCAUGGAAGCACUGGCCAACAUAGCUCGACAGAACAUCACGGCACCGACCAGCAGUGCCGCGCUGCCAGCCCGCGACAACGCGUACAGUAUAGCAAAUCCGCAGAAUGACCCAGCUCAUCAGCAGCAGCAGCCUAUGCCAGUAAGCCAGAGCCAGCCUGGCUACUCUUACCCAGCAGCUCCGGCGCCUGUAAAUGCACCCGCACUCGUACCCGCGAUGCCAUAUGCGUAUCCUCUCCAGGUAUCCGUUCCAGCACAAGCUCCUACUAUGCCUGUGACUGCAAGUAGUCAAGCCAACGGCUUUCCGGCUGCUGGCGUGGAUCCCGGCUUUGCUCAGCAAGUGCAGCUAAUUAAACUCCUACUGGAUCAGGGCAUCCCUCAGGCCCAGAUUCCAGCACUACUAGCAACGAUGCAAGCUGCAACUCCUGCCUCUGCUCCUCCUAUUGCUGCCCAUUCCCUUGUACCUCCGCAGAACCAAAAUCCGUACGGUGGUUCAGCUUGGGGUCAGGGCCCCUCUAGACCAGAUGAAUCACGUGAUCGACAGGACCUCCACAACUCUGUGAGAUCACCCAACAGAUAUCGCACUCGAUCUAGAUCUCGGUCUCCUCCACGUCAUUGGGACUCUCGUGACUCUUCUCAUAGACGUAAUGAUCGCGGGCCUGGUCUUGGUCAUUUUAGUCAUGACUCUCCCGGCCGGGGACGCAUGGACGAGCAAGAUCGCCGUGGUCGUCCGGACUACCGCCAACGCAGCCCGCCGGGUCGCCGCGGCCGCAGUCCAAGCCCCCGAUAUGACCGACCCGUCCCAGGCCAGAAAUGGAUUGAUUUUGACCGCAGUAUUGGCUCAGGCAACAUCAAGGUUUUGAGCAGAACUCUCUUCGUGGGAGGUGUCACGUGCCCCGAGUCGGAAUUGCGCAACAUGUUUGGACAGCAUGGUCAGGUGCAAACUUGCAUCGUCAACAAGGACAAGAGACAUGCGUUCGUCAAGAUGAUCAACCGACGAGAUGCUGUCGCCGCCAAGGAGGCUAUGGAGAACAGCCAGUUCAGAACUCGCUGGGGUGUAGGCUUUGGCCCCCGUGAUUGUAGCGACUACUCAACCGGCAUCAGUGUCAUCCCCAUCAGCAAACUCACGGAUGCGGACCGCAAGUGGAUGCUGACAGCCGAAUUUGGAGGCAGUGGCGGUCGUGCUAUUGAGUCAGGCAUGGUCGUUGAAGAGCCCGAUAUUGAGAUUGGCGCUGGUGUCUCUUCCAAGGCCAUAAGUCGUCGUAUGCAGACUGACAAAGGUGGUCGUCAGGGACCCAGGUCAAGCCGUGGUGGUGACGACAAUGAGGGAGGGAACCUUACCAGAUGGCGCCGAAAUAAGGAAAACCGUCGCGACGAUCGACGUGAUGACAGAGGACCUGGGAACGACCACCAGCCUGCCGUUCCUGACUUUGGCUUUGGUCUCGCCGCUGGAGCAAACGGAAUGCCAGUAUUCCCGCCGGGCUUCAGCUUUCCUGCACCACACUAGGAUGAUUGAGUGGACCAUCUCGCCAUUGUUCGACUUUAUUUCGGUGUACUCAUCUUCUAAAUUGGUCCGAAUUUUGCUGACCCACGUCGGAGUUAUAUACCUCAGGGGUCACGCAUCUUGACGAUUCUUCAGAUCAGCCAUAGACAGGUCGCCUGUUGGGUGCGAAUAUUCUACGACUGCAUAGCAUAGCAUCACAGGCGUUGGUGGUAAGGAAAUGAGGCGUAUUGCAUGGAAAAUCCAGCAUCGCUACUACGACUAGCGAUGGUAUUGGUCGCCAUCAG